AUGGCCGACGACUCAGAGACAUCUGGAGAUUCCGUGACUGACGGUCUCCGCCAUAGGAACGCUCCCAUGAGAACCGAGAACGAGAAGGAGGCUAGACAAACUGUCCUGGACCUUAAUGCGCUCGAAGAAAAGUCGUCCAAAGCUGAAAAGGACAGAAAGACCUUUGGUCGCACUCCUGAUGGCACCAUUUUCACCGUCCCAUACACGCAAGACAUGGUAACACAGCUCCUAUCGCCCACAGAGCCGAAGAACGUGUCAGACCUCCUAGUACUGGCUAUUCUGCUGCUGCAGAUGUUGCUUGCCUGGAAGCUGCCAUCUGCCUACAGAAGGCCAGUCCUUGCCGGUAAUUUUUUGUUCUGGAGAGCCGCCUAUAAUGUAGGUAUCGGGUACCUCCUGCAUAUGCAGUCUCACCACAAGACGCUGGUCAGGUGGGGGCGCAAGUCGAAGUUGUUCCCUGCUGCAUCUAAUGGCGAGAAUCCACAUCCCCGACUACGUGCCUUUGUCAAACGCGAGCUGGAGACCAAGAUUGCCAAAGACUAUGACUUUGACACUGCGCCUCUCGAGUACAAUACUUGGUUGGUCUUCCGCCGCAUCGUCGACCUGAUAUUGAUGUGUGACUUUACCUCCUACAUGCUUUUCGCCCUGGCUUGCGCCCACCAACCGAUCGGAGAAUCCGUGGCCAUGACCAGUUUACGUUGGGCCGGCGGCAUUUUCCUGUUUCUCUUCAAUCUCUGGGUCAAGCUGGAUGCCCACCGCGUCGUCAAGGAUUUCGCCUGGUACUGGGGCGACUUCUUCUACCUGAUCGAUCAGGAAUUGACUUUCGACGGAGUCUUCGAGAUGGCCCCUCAUCCCAUGUAUUCGAUAGGAUAUGUUGGUUACUAUGGCAUUUCCCUCAUGGCCGCUAGCUACAAAGUUCUUUUCAUCUCCAUAAUCGCGCACGCUGCUCAAUUCGCAUUCUUGAUAAUGGUCGAGAGUCCUCAUAUCGAACGCACCUACAACUCUCCGCCUCCUCGGAAAUCAAUGGAUGAACUGCCGCUCGAGGUGUCGCGACCUGAACAAGCCUCGACCGCUGAAACCUGGCCAGCCCUUGCCCACGCGCAACCACCCCAAACGCACAAUCUUCUGGGCAUUCGCAACAUUGAUUUCUAUCGGACUACGGACUCGGCCGUGCUUAUCAUCCAACUCUAUUUCUUUGCACUGACCAUGCUUACGCCGAAUACAACGUUGAUUCAAACACUUUUUGUGAUUAACGCAGCCCUUUGGCGCAUCUGGUACUCGGUUGGACUUGGCUAUCUGCUUAACAGGCAAUCGUCCAAGAAGAAAUGGACCAGACACUUUUUGAAGUAUGGCGAGAGUACUUGGGAGGCCUGGAGGCAAUGGAAAGGCACUUAUCACCUGAGCAUGACCACCUGUUACGCGGCAUUCCUGGGAGCCGCGUGGAAGAUGUACGCAGUGCCAACCAAUUGGGACUAUGGCUUGGUUCAUCUGAAGCACAUCGUCGGUCUGAGUCUGAUCUGCCUUCAGAUAUGGGUGUCAUGCAGCAUCUACGAUCAGUUAGGAGAGUUUGGCUGGUUUUUCGGAGACUUUUUCUUCGACCAACACCCCAAAUUGACGUACGGUGGCAUCUAUCGCUUCCUCAACAAUCCAGAGCGGGUUCUAGGUCUGGCCGGUGUCUGGGGCGUCGCUCUCAUCACCAGCAGCAAAGCUAUAUUUUGUCUUGCCCUCCUCAGUCACACAUUGAGCCUGGCCUUCAUCCAGUUGGUGGAGAGACCACAUAUGCAGAAGCUUUACGGCAGAAGCCUCCGUCAAGAUGCCGGAUUGGUCAGAAGUCUUCGUAGAUCGCUUCCACCACCACUUCGACAAUGGCAGGACGGUAUGGACAAGAUGCUGACAGAAGCCGCUGAUGUUCUGGAAGAAUUCUUCGACGCAGCCAGACCCAAAUUGGCAGCCGGAGUGACCAACAUCGUUCAGGACACCAAGAAGCUCCUUCCGAAAUACACAGCACGCAUUACCAUCACCAAAGUGGACCCUGAAAUCGAGAAACUAGACCCAAGGGGAUACAAGCUCGAAAUCGAAGGCACUCCGGCUUCUUCUCUGGCAGAUUCACAACGCUUCAGCGAAAAGGAAGCCGAACGGGCCAGGACUCCAGCGGAACGAACCAAUGACUUCAAACCACUGCUAUUCGAAUACGGCGCGCCCAUCAAGGUCAAGUGGACUGCACCUCUCAACCAUGGAAAGAAGGACUGGGUCGGGUUGUACAUGGUUUCUGACAACAGCUCGCGAGAAGUGACGCGAGUAUCAUCUUCUGGGAGGUGGGUCGCCACGAAUCCGCAAGAAUACGACAAUGUCGACUCGGAGGUGGGGAUUGUUUCGAGCGACGUGAAGACCACCAUCACAUUGGAAGACGGGACCCAGAAGGAAUGCUAUACGGGCGAAAUGGUGUUCGCAGGCGACAAAUUGUGGUGGACACAAGGGUCUUUUGAGUUCCGGUACCACCACAACGGCAAACACAAUGUCAUGGCCAUUUCGCUUCCGUUCGAGGUCCGCAUCCCACGGUUCAGCGACGAGGAGCUGGGAGACCUUGACUCCAACAUCUCAUCAUCGAACAAUCCAAUGAACGACGCGCUGAUCCGGCAUGCGAUCGAGAAGACCCUGCUUCCUGUCGUGCAGAACUGUUUCGAUCGCGACCCGGAGAUCGCCCCACGUACCCCGUCCGAAACGUUCGGCAGUCUGGUCGACAGAGACGGCAAAUAUGCCAGGCGGGUAGUCUAUGCAGUGCAUCAGAUGUUUGGCAUCGAGUUUGCUUCAGAAGUCGUCAAGGCGGAUGGCAAGGUGGAGAAUCUAGCCUGGCGGAUCUGGGAGGCCAAGAAAGUCCUGGCCCCGUUUAGUAUGUCGAGGUCGAAGGGCACAACGACACCGGUGGAGGGGUCUAAGGACCAUUUGUGA